AUGCGCACAGGAGUCCCAUCGGCCAUUUUGAGCGAUGGGACUCCUGUGCGCACGCGCAGGGAUUCUGAAGCAGAAAAAAAGCAUGGGCGAUGGUGGCGGGUGACGGUGCUGCUGCAGCAGCACCAUGUUUACACAGGGGCACCUCGAGUGUGCCCCCUGUUGGUGUGCACCACAGGCGACCGCUUAAUUUGCCUCGCCGUUGGACCGCCUCUGCUUGCAGUUGCCAUGGCAGCUAAAUCUAAAACUUUUUUUGUUCUGAGUACUCGUACUAAGUUGAGAUGGGAAGUUCUCCGCCUCCUCCUCCUCCUCCUCUUCUUGCUCCUGCUCCUGCUCUCGGUCCCAGAGGCGGGAGCUGUCCGAGCGAGGAGGCAGUUGGAGAGGUCCUUUCAGCCGCCGCCGAAGCCAAGCCGAGCCGAACCGAUGGGAGCCGACGAAGCCCGCGCUGCCCCGCAGCCUCCCCGAGGAGCCUCACUUCGGGCCCUGUUGUCCCGGCAACUCAAGCGGCACCCCGGACUUAUCCCCCUCAUUGGCUUCAUUGGACUCGGACUGGGCAGUGCCGCCCUCUACCUUUUGAGGUUGGCCAUCUACAGCCCCGAUGUGAGCUGGGAUCGGAAGAACAAUCCUGAACCAUGGAAUAAACUGAGUCCCAAUGACCAGUACAAGUUCAUGGCAGUCUCCACGGACUACAAAGCCCUGAAGAAGGACCGCCCAGACUUCUGAGAUGACCAGGCCACCUCUUGCUCCUUUGUGAGCCACUAAGUGCCAUUAAUUUCAGUUCUGUAUAUGCCAAGCUACUGUUGUUGGUGGUGGUGCUUCUUGCCUAUGAUUUGCUACACCAAGGAACCCCAAGGAAACGUCAACAGUCCAUCCAGGAUUCACAAAGGAAAAUAUUAACCUAUGCUCUCUUUUCCCUUUGUAAGAUGUUCCUAUGUGUUACAGUAACAAGAAAACAGCUCAUUUGUUAAAGGGAGGGGGAGGAAAUAGAAAAAGUGAAGGAAACUCCCUUUGGAUGCUCCCUUUGGGUCUCAGGAAGGCUUUUCGGUUCAAUGUUUUCCAAUCUCCGUUCUGUGAAUGUCCCUGACUCCUCCACCCCACCAUUUGUGGUGUUUCCUGUCUCCCACGCUCAGAUUUACCAUUCCCACAAGGAGUAGAGGGGGACCAGACAGUAGAUUUCAUAUGUGGAGAUGCCAAUUGAGGUCCAAAUGCCAUCCGUAUCUGAGUCAGUCUGGAGGAAGUGAGAGAAGGGCCAAAGAGUGAGACAAGACUGCUUGGCAAAUGUUAUGGAACCAUUUUCAGAAAACCAAUUAUCUUCACGAUUGGCUGUGCGGGAGGACAUUAGAUGGUGGGUUCCCUUGUUUAUAUGCCUGGCCAGUUAGAUUGUUAUACUUAUGUAUCUGAAUACUAUCAUAAAGAUGUUUGAACAGCA